CCAUCCUAGUGGCCCGAGCUUGCUGCCGGCCACGCGCCUCUGGCUGCCAGUAAGACUUCCAUGCGCCAGGUGUCGCCGAGAGAACUCGGCCGCCGACCGCGCAGCAAGCAAGACUGACGAGCCCAAGUUGGGGCUCCCGGCACCUUCUCGAUAACGGCCGGCACGUAGAUGUCCUACGGCCAAUUCGGAUACUCCUACCCCGCAUCUUCGCAGUUGCUGGUGUCCGGCGGCGCGUCCUCGCCCAGCUGCGCCGAACCGUCCUCGGGCGCCUCUUCGACGUCAAGCGGGAGCGGCGGCGGCGGCGCUGGCGGCGGCGCGCCCGAAAGUCCCAUGGCAGCCGAGCAGCCCGUUUGCUACGAACCGUCCCGGUUCUUGUACCCGCGGCUGGCCACGGGCCUCGCCGUCAACGGCCUCUAUCCACCUUCGUACGCCGACCAGUCGGGAUACGUGGCAGCACUGGGCACAAGCUCGGCAGCUUUUUACCCUUCCCUGGACAACCGGGCAACCUGGGGAACUAUUCCGCAAGCGGCUGCUGCUUGCUAUCCAUAUGACCCUGCUUUGGCUGCCUACAGCCCGUACGGCGACAGGUAUGGGGCAAUCGACAGUGCAGCACGGCGAAAAAACGCCACACGAGAGACAACCAACACGCUCAAAGCCUGGCUGUACGAACACCGCAAGAACCCGUACCCAACGAAAGGAGAGAAAAUCAUGCUGGCAAUAAUCACGAAGAUGACUCUAACGCAGGUGUCAACGUGGUUCGCGAACGCUCGGCGGCGCCUCAAGAAAGAGAAUAAAAUGACGUGGGAGCCGCGCAACAAAAACAAUGAAUCCGGCGACGACAAGGCGGAUGGUGGUGCGUCCGACACGGACAAUGACUGUGGUGACAAGGUAGACGGCGAGGCUCAAAGGGACAUCAAACCAGAAUUGCAAGACGCCGAACUUGACGCAAGAAAGCCUGUAAUGGAUCGUGGUGAUACCGGUUGCCUGGAUUUGCAGAGCUUGACACCUCACGGAGGCGGCCACGGGUCGCUUCCGACGCCCACCUAUUCGUCCUACUCAAGCAAGAACAUCUCUGUGGCGAACAGUAGCAGCAACCACAGCGUACACGACACAUCUUCGGACGACGGCAGCGGACCCAUCUCGCCGAGGAUUCCGCGUUCCUCACUGCGUCACCACGGGGCCUAUCAUGAUGACCGGUCAUCAGGAACUUCUCUAGUCAUUGUGGACCCUAUGGAAGGUUCUCGACCAAAGAUCUGGUCGCUGGCCCAAACUGCCACGUCAGACAGCCCACCCGGUAUGCGCCGUUCACCGGUUCCGCCACUCAACGAUCGCUAUGGCUUUCAGCAAAGACUAGUCAGCGAAGCCAACGCUGGAACGGCAGUGGCCACGUCAGGUUACUACCGUGACUUACACACGGAUCCAAGUUUCAUGUCCACCACGCAACCUCUACAUGCACAACUGGGUCACCAAAGUUCCAAGCAGUCUACGUCCUGGAUCAAUGGCCACUCCCCCAUGGCUCCAUCAUCAGCAUCUUCAGCCGGCCAUACUGACGUCCUCAAUCUGACCCCGGAAGGGUCGCCGACUCCCUACGUCUUGAGCCGCCCAAGCAUGGGUUGCAUAUCUCCCCAGCCACAGCAAACAACGUUAUCAUCAGUAGGACGAAGGUUCGCUCUCACGGAGGACAAAGAAUCAGCAGCGGCACGCCACGAACAGUGUUUGGUGAAGCCGGAAGGCAACGUGUAUGAGACAAACGUGCACGACAUGGCCGUCGCAGAAGGUGCCAACUUUUGCCGACGGCAGCAGCAGGCCCAAGCUCUGAUGACACUUCAAGGGAGCUGCCUCACAGAGGCCGCCACUUCAGCAGCACUGGUUGCUUCUCGGCUUCCGGUCCACUCGACCUACAUGACUGCUGGAGAUAAGAUGGACAAAGGUAA